CUGACAAAAUUAUUAUUUUCUAACAACUAUAUUCUAACAAAGUAGCUAUACCUUCUCGCAACAGUCUGGCCUUAGAUUGAGUCUCUCUACUAACAAAUAAAAUUUUCAUGUCUCUAUUGCCCGCGUUGAAUACACCAAGACAAUAUUUUCAAUCGUGAGACUGUUUCCCUCCUCCAAUUACGUAAUUUGCAUAAUCUUACAACUUUGCGAUGGAUCACUUUGGUUUUUGCGAUAUAAACAUAGGACCUGUAUUUUAAAACACAUCAACAUUAAACGGAAUUUUCAAUGGGACGCGGCCUAUUAAAUAUCCUAUGUUGACUAUUUCACUUUUGUAAUAGCAGCAGCAGAAGAUAAGAAAUAGAAUGGGUGAUAUUGACCAGUUCUUUCAGGAAUCGCAUUACAAUAUUAUUCGAGUACUGUUGAACAUCAGUGGUCUAUGGCCGUUUCAUACGAUAAACAGACGUUACGCGAUAUACUUCGCAAUGCUACUCAUCCUUGGAUCUGGAUUUAUAUUUGAGAUGUUAGGUAUAAUUGAAGUCCGGCAUGAUUCCUUUGAAGUAAUCGAUGCUUUGCCGUUGUUUUUCUUCGCUAUAGUGACUUUAAGUAAAAUGUUCUGUGUGGUAUACACAUUACCAAAGAUAAAAAUGCUUCUAAUAAAAAUGCGAGAGAUCUGUCUUUCCGCAAAAUCUGACGAGGAAACUAAGAUACAGAAUUCGCACGCGCUACAUGGGCGAAAGUUAGGCUACGCUUAUACGGGUUUCUUAUUAGGCCACAGCAUUCUUUACAUGCUCUCGACAUUAGUGACAAGAUUUUUCCAUAUGAGAUCCAACAAAAUUGAUAAACCCCCAGCGAAAGAGUCGAAUUCUCAAGUAGGACUGCCUCAUCGUGUUAAUUAUAUGAUUGACUUGGAUACAUAUUAUGUUCCAAUUUUCAUACACUCGGCCAUAUGCGAUUUUUCGUAUACAGUUUUAUUAGUUGUAUUUGAUGUUCUGUAUCUGACACUGGUCGAAUAUUGCUGCGGUUUAUAUGCGUCUUUGAGAUAUCGAUUGGAAACCGCAUUAGUUUUCCAAAAUGAGAAUAAUGGACUCAUGAUGACUAUAAAGGACAAAUCUUAUUCAAAUAUCGUAUAUAGUAUCCGCAGACACGUAGAAACAAUACAAUUUGUCGCUGUUCUGGAAUCAGUAUACAGCUUACCUCUUUUCAUACAUGUUGGAUUAACUGUAUUUAUUUUGAGCGUUCUGGAAUAUCAGGUGAUAAACAAUUCGGAAAACAUUACUCGGAUCACAUUAAUUUUAAAACCCGCUGCUUAUUUAAACGGACUUUUAAUUAAUAUAUUUUUUGAAAAUUGGCAAGGUCAGAAAAUCAUAGAUUCUAGUGAGAAGGUGUUUGAAUCUGCGUACAUCAAGAUGUUGCUUGUAAAGAUACACGAACAUUGGUGUUCUUCGAAGGCAGAUAAAGAAGCUAAAAUCUUGCAUUCGAACGAAUUGGUCGCACGAAAAUUCGGCUUUAUUUAUGCGGGUGGUUUAGGUGUAUAUGCUGUGAUUUAUGUGUUCACACCUUUAGUGAUUAUGUUUCUCUAUAACGCGGAAGAUGCAUCAAAUAAAACACAGGAUUCAGAAACUCGGGAUUCGACUCGUCACAUCAAUUACAUGAUUGAUUUACAAAUGCAGUAUAUUCCACUUUAUAUACAGGGGUCCAUGUGCGAAAUAUAUUUCACAAUUAUAAUAGUGGCGAUAAACAUCCUGUAUUUGGCAUCUGUCCAACAUUGUUGUGGUUUAUUUGCAGCUCUAUGCUAUCAUUUGGAAAACGCGUUUGAGUUUGAAGAUGACGACGAUAUAAUGACAUCCACGCAGAAUAAAUGUUAUUUGCAUAUCACGUACGGUAUUCGAAGACACGCAGAAGCAAUACAAUUUUCGAGGGCUAUAGAAUCGCUAUAUAGAUUACCAUUUUUCUUGCAUAUGACAAUUAAUGUGACACUGUUAAGUAUCGUAGGAUUUCAGGUGAUGGCAUAUCCGGAGAACAUUAAUCGCAUGUUGCCAUACGGUAGUUAUCUGAGCGGACUUGUGCUUAAUACUUUCUUUGAAAACUGGCAAGGUCAAAAAAUGAUAGACUGCAACGAAAAAGUGUACAACUCCGCAUACAAAUUAGAAUGGUACAAGAUGCCUAUAGCUUCGCAAAAACUUCUGAUAAUGAUUAUGCUGAGAAGUAACAAACCAUUGACAAUAACUGCGGGAAAGGUUCUCGUUCUGUCCUAUGUGACAUUUAACGCGGUGAGUGUAAAUGACUCUGUAAAACAAGAACAAUUCCACUGA